AUGACCAGACUAUAUGCUCUAGCAGCAGUCGGGACCGUCUUGUUUGCUGGCGUCUCCCGUGCAGCAGAGGAGCUGUACACACCAAUACACGAGGCAGGUCGCUGCGCGAUUCGCGAUCACUGUGGUUCCAAGAGCUUCUUCGGCAAGCAGCUGCCAUGUGUCGACAAUGGGAAGGCUGAGGAGCCAGACCAGGCGCUGAGGAAACAGCUCGUGGAUUUGUGCGGCUCCAAAUGGAAUGAUGGGCCGGUGUGCUGUACAAAAGAUCAGGUCGAUUCCCUCAAGGACGAGCUCUCAACUGCGAAUACCAUAAUAUCAUCAUGUCCCGCGUGCAAGGAGAACUUCUACAACCUGUUCUGCACCUUCACGUGCUCGCCCGACCAGUCGCUCUUCAUCAACGUUACCAAAACGCUGACCAAGAACAAUAAGGUCCUCACCACGGAAUUAGACCAGUUGAUCUCGGAGGGCUAUGGUACUGGCUUCUAUGACAGCUGCAAGAAUGUCAAAUUUGGCCCGAGCAAUAGUGAGGCCAUGAAACUCAUCGGCGGUGGCGCAAAGAACUACACACAGUUCCUCAAGUACUUGGGCGAUGAGAAGCUUGUCGGAUCGCCCUUCCAGAUCAACUUUCCAACAAAAUACGAGGAUGGUAACAUGGGCUCUCUACCAAUGACUCCGAAGAAGUGCAACGACGAUGACCCGAAUUACCGGUGCGCGUGCGUCGACUGCCCAGAUGUGUGCCCCGAACUUCCUGAGGUCAAGGAGAGGGGGUCUUGCAAGGUCGGCGUGCUUCCAUGCUUAUCGUUCGCCUCGAUUUUCGUCUAUAGUGUCUUGUUCUUGACCCUCAUCGUCUCGAUUGUCGGGCACGUUUGGUACAGGAAGCGCGCUGCGCGUAUCCAGGAAGAGAGAACCCUCCUCCAAGGUGGCAUCGAUGCGAGCGACGACGAGGAUGACGAGGGCCAGCUGGCCACCAACGGGGCCAUGUUGGACCGGCCGACUCGUGCUUACCGUCUCAACACAUGGUGUGAUAAAGCGUUCUUCAAACUCGGUCACUUGGCAGCGCGGUUCCCUGCCAUCACAAUAUGCAGCACUCUUACCCUCGUCAUCGUGCUCAGCGCCGGUUGGGUGCGUUUUGAAAUCGAGAAGGACCCUGCCCGGCUCUGGGUCUCCCCAAGCUCUGCAGCAGCUCAGGAAAAGGAGUUUUUCGAUUCUCACUUCGGCCCAUUCUACCGCGCGGAAAAGAUCUUCCUCGUCAACGAUACGUUGCCUUCCGGCCCGGGUCCAGUCCUGAGCUAUGACACCCUACAAUGGUGGAUGGACAUUGAGAAGAGCAUUACACAGUUGGAGAGCCCUACAUAUAGAAUGAGGCUGGACGACGUUUGCCUGAAGCCUACCGGCUCGGCGUGUGUUGUUCAGUCGGUAGCGGCGUAUUUCGAAAACGAGCCGGCCCUUGUCGGCAAGAAGGACUGGCAAGACAAGCUGCGAGCCUGUGCCCAAGCACCCGCUGAGUGCCGCCCAGCCUACGGUCAGCCUCUCGAUCCAGAAAUGAUCCUUGGCGGCUAUUCUGGUAUUAGCGACAUUGCCGAUGCAACAGCCAUGACCGUCACUUGGGUUGUCAAUAACUUUCCCGAGGGCUCGCCAGAGGUCGCACGAGCCAUGGACUGGGAGCAGGUCCUAAAAAACCGCCUCCUCGACGUACAGAAGGAGGCCAAGGAGAGAGGCCUGAGAUUGUCGUUCUCGACCGAGAUCAGCCUGGAAGAGGAGCUCAACAAGUCGACCAACACCGACGCCAAGAUCAUCGUCAUCAGCUACGUGAUCAUGUUCUUGUACGCUUCUAUCGCACUUGGCUCCACCACACUUUCUCUUCGGGAUAUGAUCCGCAAUCCAGCCGUCUCGAUCGUUGAGUCCAAGUUCUCGCUUGGUGUUGCUGGCAUCGUCAUCGUCCUCAUGUCCAUCAGCGCCUCUAUCGGUCUCUUCUCUUGGGCAAAUUUAAGGGCUACGCUCAUCAUCGUCGACGUCAUUCCGUUCAUUGUACUCGCUGUUGGUGUGGACAACAUUUUCCUCAUCGUGCACGAGUUCGAGCGGGUCAACAUCCGGAAUCCCGAUGAUGACGUCGAAUUACGAGUCGCGAAGGCCCUCGGUCGCAUGGGCCCGUCCAUCCUGCUGUCUGCGAUCACCGAGACAGUGUCAUUCGCGCUGGGAGCCUUUGUCGGCAUGCCUGCGGUCCGAAAUUUUGCCAUUUACGCAGCUGGUGCCGUGUUCAUCAACGCUGUCCUCCAGGUCACGCUUUUCAUCUCUCUCCUGUCAUUCAACCAGAAGCGAGUCGAGGACUCAAGGAUGGACUGCGUGCCCUGCAUCCAGAUCAAGGCAGCCCGAGUCCAUCUCAACGGUAGCAACGGAACUCUGGGUGCUCGGCUGUACGAGGUUCCUGAGGAGGGCUUUCUCCAGCGAUUUAUCAUCAAACAUUAUGCACCAACCCUUCUUGGCAAGAAGGUCAAGGUCGCCGUUGUUGCCGUCUUCCUCGGCCUCUUCGCUGCAGGCGUGGCACUGAUCCCCGAGGUGAAGUUGGGACUGGACCAGCGAGUUGCUAUCCCGGACGACUCGUACCUCAUUCCGUACUUUAACGACCUCUAUGACUACUUCGACUCUGGCCCACCAGUCUACUUCGUCACAAAGGAUGUGAACGCCACCCAGAGGGAGAACCAGCAGAAGAUCUGCGCCAGGUUCACCACCUGCGAAUCCUUGUCAUUGACGAAUAUCCUCGAGCAGGAGCGCAAGCGGACCGAGGUGUCCUAUAUUUCGUCACCGGCCGCCAGCUGGAUCGAUGACUUCUUCCUCUGGCUGAACCCUCAAUUCGAGGAAUGCUGUGUCGAGAAGGGUUCUGCCUGCUUUGAAGGCAGGGACCCAGCUUGGAACAUCACCAUGUCGGGCAUGCCAGAAGGAGACGAGUUUGUGCAUUAUCUUCAGAAGUUUCUGUCGUCUCCGACGACCGAUGACUGCCCACUGGGUGGUCAGGCGUCGUACGGGUCGGCUGUUGUGAUCGAUGAGGUGAAAAAGAACAUCCCCGCGAGUCACUUCCGCACGAUGCACUCUCCUCUGCGCAGCCAGGAUGAUUUCAUCAACGCCUAUACCUCUGCCCGCCGCAUCGCGGCCGACGUCAGCUCCAAGACGGGUACCGAGAUCUUCCCGUACAGCAUCUUCUACAUCUUCUUUGAUCAGUACGUAUCGAUUGUCGGCCUGACGGCAGGUCUUCUUUGCGCGGCCAUUGCCAUCAUUUUUCUCAUCUCGUCCCUCCUGCUCGGGUCCGUCCUCACUGGUGCUGCGGUUGCCAUUACUGUGGUCAUGGCGAUUGUGGACAUCAUCGGAGCCAUGGCUGUCUUUGACGUCAGUCUCAAUGCCGUCUCGCUGGUCAAUUUGAUCAUCUGCGUGGGCAUCGCGGUGGAGUUCUGCGCGCACAUUGCCCGGGCCUUCAUGUUUCCGUCUCGCACGUUCAUGGAGCGCGCCAAGAACCGCUUCCGAGGGCGCGACGCCCGGGCGUGGACGGCACUCGUCAAUGUGGGCGGCUCCGUGUUCUCCGGCAUCACAGUGACCAAGCUGCUGGGGGUCUUUGUCCUGGCCUUCACCCGCAGCAAGAUCUUUGAGAUCUACUACUUCCGCAUCUGGGUUGCGCUUGUGGUCUUCGCGGCGACGCAUGCGCUGAUCUUCCUGCCGGUGGUUCUCAGCUUUAUGGGAGGAGAGGGCUACGUGGACCCGGAAUCGGAAGGGGAUCUGGAGGAAGAUCUGGCCAGCCGCCGGUACAGGGCUCUCCGCGAGCAGGUUGAUGAUUAUUCCGACGAAGAUUAGGAAAAUUUUUGGCGAGGAAGAGGAGGAUAACAAUGAUGGUGACCGUCGACAAGGCGGAUCAACGGCGACGAAAGCCAUACGGGAUGGUGAGGCCGGUUCUGUCGCGGGCAAGAAAGCCGAGGGGCAAAGAUGUCAAAGAGAAAGGAUAUGCCAGCCAGGCAGAAGGCCAUGGGCCGAUGUAGACGUGUACCUACAUACAAACGCUCUUGCGUCCCUUGCCUCUUGUUGGGACGCUCAAGGGCACUGGAUCGAACGUUACUACUGAGGAGAUUGAAGACGUGCUUAAGAUGCCUGAAUCACAUGCCAGGGUCGGGGGCACGUUGCACGAAGACACAGCGUCUUGUGUGGGCCAUCCUAUGCAAAAGCAAGCAGCGGGUUUCACGUCGAGCUGGUGGAAUUGGCCACGGCGAUGGCACGUUGACCUGGCAAGAUAGCGAGAUGUGGAGGUUAGGGCAUAAAUUUGCAGUCCUGCCAUACAGAAAGCGUGGAUUUUUUUGGAGUAGCAAUUCAGACGAAGAUUACUUUAAUAUUAUUAUAUCGUUUGGGUUACUUGAUUUUUACGAAUGGGGUCUCUUUUUCUUUUUCUCUUUCUUUACCUUUUUCUUUUCUGAACAGCAAACAUGUUCUAGCUGAGUGAACUGACAGCUCCCCAAGAUGCCAUAUCAGCUCCAAGUUUUAUGUG